GGUGGACGGAGCAGGGCCGGCCUCCUGGGAGGGGAGGGUUAAGGCCUCGGAGUGCCGGAGCUUGACUUCAGGAACUGGGUGGCGGCAGGAACAGUGACGCUUCCGUGGGCUGGAGGCUGAUUGGUCCCGGAGUCCCCGGCGACUUCCUGGGCUCAGGACGGAGCGCUGAGCUGUUCUGUUGGCCAGACAGCCCACAGGUGUUCCCGGCCCCACCCAGCCUCACGGCCCAGGGAAGCUCUGCUGAGUUCUCCGUGGAAGAACCGACCGAGCCACCUCCGGGGUCCCGCUGUGGCGGCAAGAAGAUGGUCCUCAGAACUGAAGAGGAGGGUGGUGGAAGGAAUUUGAAUGAGAAGAUUGGCUGGAAGCACCCUCGCUGGUGGAGGUGAAUGUUAGUCAUGCCAGCCACGUGCUCAUUUAACUCUUUCUGGACCGGCGUCUGUGCAUUCUUUUAAAAUCUCUUAGGCCGUAAAUUGGUGUUCCCAGCGACCUGACUGCGGAGGAGCGGCAGGAGCUGGAGAGCAUCCGGCGGAGGAAGCAGGAGCUGCUGGCCGACAUUCAGAGGCUGAAGGAUGAGAUAGCAGAAGUGGCGAACGAGAUUGAGAGCCUGGGGUCCGCAGAGGAAAGGAAGAACAUGCAGAGGAGCAAACAGGUGGCCAUGGGCAGGAAAAAGUUUAACAUGGACCCUAAAAAGGGGAUCCAGUUCUUAAUAGAGAAUGACCUGCUGAAGAACACCUGUGAGGACAUCGCCCAGUUCCUGUAUAAAGGGGAGGGGCUCAACAAAACAGCCAUUGGGGACUACCUGGGGGAGAGAGAUGAGUUUAAUAUCCAGGUUCUUCACGCAUUUGUGGGCUUACACGAGUUCACGGACCUCAAUCUGGUGCAGGCCUUGCGGCAGUUCCUGUGGAGCUUCCGGCUGCCGGGAGAGGCCCAGAAGAUCGACCGGAUGAUGGAGGCCUUUGCCCAGCGCUACUGCCAGUGCAACCCCGGGGUGUUCCAGUCCACGGACACCUGUUACGUCCUCUCGUUCGCUAUCAUCAUGUUGAACACCAGCCUGCACAACCCCAAUGUUAAGGACAAGCCCUCCGUGGAGAGAUUCAUCGCCAUGAACCGAGGCAUCAACGACGGUGGCGACCUGCCGGAGGAGCUGCUCCGGAAUCUCUACGAGAGCAUAAAAAACGAGCCCUUUAAGAUCCCGGAGGAUGACGGCAAUGACCUCACCCACACCUUCUUCAACCCAGACCGCGAAGGCUGGCUGCUGAAGCUCGGAGGUGGCAGGGUGAAGACUUGGAAGAGACGCUGGUUCAUCCUGACGGACAACUGCCUUUACUACUUUGAGUACACAACGGAUAAGGAGCCCCGGGGCAUCAUCCCUCUGGAGAACCUGAGCAUCCGGGAGGUGGAGGACUCCAAGAAGCCGCACUGCUUCGAGCUGUACAUCCCCGACAGCAAGGACCAGGUGAUCAAGGCCUGCAAGACAGAGGCUGACGGGCGCGUGGUGGAGGGGAACCACACCGUGUACCGGAUCUCCGCCCCGACGCCCGAGGAGAAGGACGAGUGGAUCAAAUGCAUCAGGGCGGCCAUCAGCAGGGACCCUUUCUACGAGAUGCUGGCCGCGCGGAAGAAGAAGGUGUCCUCCACGAAGAGACACUGAGUCCACGCGGAGGAGCAGGGCUCCCGCCCAGGGGGCGCCGGCAGCAGCGCUCACUGGGCGCCGCCCUGAACCUAGAGACUAGCUUCAGCUUCUGCCUUUGUUCAGAGCGGGAGAAGGACCCGCGGCUGCCCUGGGAAGAGGGACCCGAGCUGCUGCGGGGGCCUUCUCUGGGCUCCGUGGCAGGUGGCCCUGGGGAGGCCGUCGCCCCGCCCCAGAACCCAUGUCUGUAGCUCCGUGUCGGGCAAGUGGAAUGGAGGAGAAGCCACGUGCUAUAAAGAUAUAUUUUUGUUUUUUAAAAAGAGAAAGAUAAAGCGGAGCUGUGUCAGCGCAGGGCCU